CAUCACUGUUCGUCUGGCUGGUGUAUUGUGUCGUCUGGUUCCCUGACUCACGCCUUCAUUUUGGACUGCGCGCGCCCUGUUUGCGUGAAGGCACACGAGUAAAUAGGUUGUUAUAACAUGAUGCACAAUGGAAUAAAUAAUAAUAAUAAUAGAAAAAUGUACAAAAUAGACAACACAUGUAAGUGUUAUAAUGAAGUGAGACUGUUGGGCAACUAAAUGGAUUCCAAUUGCGGUAAAGAAGCAAAAAAGCAAAGUUUUAUUUAAUCAGAGUCAUAUUACAGCUGAAUGGUUUAAAAACAUGGCAUGCAUGUCAGUUGUUAUUAGCCACCGAGUGUUUUAAACGGUGUGAGAGGAAAAAUAAAACACAUUGUGGUUUUACAUUAAGGAAAGAGUUAGUGUCAAAAUAAAAGGAACAAAGCGUGUGGACGCGCAAGGACGACAGAUCGGGAGAGAACCAGAUUGCGCAUAACACUGGCAAUAGCGAAUUUCCGUUGGAUUUUAAAUGUCAGAAACACACCUCCUCAGAGGCUUUUAAGUAGUAUUUCUUAACUAGUCUCUUUAAAGGAAUCGCUGUUGUAUCAACUAGGAUUAGCUGUGGAAUCAUAACACAUGCAGGAGUCCUGCACAUUCUGCGGUUAUGUACGCGACCAAGGAAGACGCUCUUUCUCCAGAUGAGCUCCGGAAGAGACUCUAUCAAACUUUUAAAAACAGAGGAGUGCUUGAUACGCUAAAAACACAGCUGAGGAAUCAGCUCAUCCAGGAGUUAAAACAGCCACAAUUGGCUGCAGGAGAACCAGUUCCAAAGCCAGUAUCUGCAAAAGCAGAACCUUUGAUGGUCUCUGUCUCUAACAGCAUAGUAGCCGAUCAUCUGUGCACGUCAGGGUAUGAGUACACUCUCUCUGUGUUCUACCCUGAGAGUGGACUGGGCAAAGACAAAGUUUUCAGAAAAGAAGAUCUUCUUCAUUUGCUUAAAAUAAGUCCUGAUUCACCCCUCUACAAAUCCCUGUUAGAAAAUCCAGAUAACAAGGAUAAAGGAUUUCUUUUGAGCCUUCUAUCACAACUUGCACGUCAUAAUACACAAGCUAUGUGCCAUGAUGCAGACACACAGACAGGCAUAGCAACCUUUGGAGAAUCUCUAGUUGAGAAGAUGAAAAUGAUUGAUAAGGAAUAUGAGAGCUUUAGUCACACCGGAGACAGAUGGUUUUCAUUCCAAACACAGCUGGCCACCUACAGAACAGAAAUGGGAGCGCAGCUGGAGACAGAAAUGAACACAAAAUUGCAACACUUUAAAGAAGUGGAGAUCGCCAAAGUGAGGAUGGAGGAAAAAUGCAAAUUCCAAAAAGAAUUUGAUGACUUGAAAAAAGAGCUGGAGAGAACAUAUGAGCUGAAGGCGAAGGCACUGAUGGAUCGAGAGAAAAAUGCCAUCGAACGGCUGGAAAAGCAGAUGCAGAUUGAAGAAAAAAACUUGUACACUCAGAGACAGUCUGUGCUGAGAGAAAUUGAAAAGUUGCGAAACAGGGAGAACGAGCUAAGGAUGAAAGAGGAGUCUUUGGAAAAAACGUGUCAGGUUCAGGAGGAGAAGGUGAAGACCACAGAGGAGCUGCUGCGGAGGAGAGAGUUGUCCAUAAGGACCAUGGAGGAAACAUACGACCAAAGGCUGAAGAACGACCUGUCCAGGUAUCAGCUUGAACUUAAAGAAGAAUACAUAAGAAGAACAGAAGCACUCACUGAAAGCGAGACCAGGAACAAAGUGGAAACAGCUCGCAUCCAAAGAGAAACUGCUGCAAUUGAUUCCAGACUAGAGGAGCACAGUAGAGUCGUGUCAGAGCUGAGACGCCUGCAGCUUGAGCUGGACAUAGCCCGGCAGCAGAUUCCGAUGCUGACUCAGCAGAAGGAGCUGCUUCAAGAGAGACUGGAGACGAUGAGUGACUACACCACCUUAAAGAAGGAGAGAGCAGAGCUGCACGGACAGACGCGGCUGCUGAGGAAACAGCUUGACGAAGCCCAGGAGGAGAACAGACUCCUCCACACUGAUCUGGACAAACCAUCCAGUGAACAUCUGGCCUUGCAGGUGGAGCUCCGGAGUUUGCAGAGUGCUUGCAGACUUAAAGAGGAAGAGUUUGACAAGCAGAAACAGGUGCUGCAGACUCAGCUCCAGGUUGAGAUGGAGCGCUGUGCUCAGCUAAAGGCUCAGCUGAUUGAGUGCGAGGAGAAAUUACACUGGACAACCAAUCGUGUUGAAGAUCUCAAGCUCCAGCUUUUCCAAACACAACAAGCUCUCGAGAACGAAGUGCUGCGUAAUCCCAAGCCCUCGCUUGUCGAUCGCUCAGUGCUCGAGUUCACUGCUGGCAAGCUGGUUCCACCUGAUAUCUAUGUGGACAAAGCUCUGCUGAGCUCCAGUGUGGGUUGUGAUGAUAUUUAUAAACCAGACGGGGCAUGGCGAGGACACAAGGACCCUUGGUGUGAGUCUCCAGGCUCUGACAAUGACCUGGUGGCUGAGGCCAUGGCCCGUUUCCAGGAGCUGCAGAAAGAGGCUGAGACUCUGGAGGAAGCCUACAGGAACUACCAACAGAGGGCAGCAAACCCUACCAUCUCACACACACUCUCCCCCAGAUCUCUGUCACCACGGCCCUCUCUGCCGCUCAAGUCUCUUCUCAGGAAACAAACAUCUCAUCGUUCUCAGGCUCAUUUGCCCCACAACACAAAAAUGACACACAAAUUGCCCUCCCCUCAAAAUGCACAAACUUCAUUGUCGUUUUCUUAUAAGACUAGGAGCACUUUCACACCUGCAGAGCCACGGGUGACGUUCUUAGACAAUCUAGAUCCUCCAAAGUCCACAGGUUUCACUCAGCAUGGUCUCCAUUCAUGGACUGACCCUGUUCCCCUAAGAGACGGACACGGUCAGGACCAGAGUUCGUCUCCAUCUAGACCUCUGUCCUCUUCAUCGAACUUUAACUCCAGACGAGAACCUCACAAAGAUAUCACUGAAGAGUCACGUGUGUCUCCAGUGAUUUUCCCAGAUCGCACUCAUGACCCACAGAAGGAUGCGGUGGUGACCUUAGGUGACUUUUCCCCCGAGUUUAGUCCACCUCUCAGUCCUCAGCUUAAAAGCACAACACGAAACCAGUCCAGCCCACCAAAGGUGCAAACAGUCAUCACCAGCUCUGAGUCUUCACCUCAGCCUGAGAAAAUCAGUUUGGAUGAUCUCACUGGGAUUCUGUCAGAACCCAGCCACAUUCCAGAGCUUCUCCUGGACACUGCCGUCCCUCUCACUGCGGGGGCCCCUGAUGGACCCGAUGUCCCCCGCCCACAAGACCUCCCAGAAGACCUUGCAGUUUCAGAAGAUCAGGCGGAUGUUCCAGAAACCACCGGUGAAUCUGUGAGGGAUGAAGAUGAAGAGGCUGAGGAGCAGAGCUGGGAAAGAGAGCGGAAAGAAAGGCAGGAACGCAGACAAAGAGAGCUGGAGGAAGCCAAAGAACGGGAGCUCCAAGAACUUGAAAGGCUGGAGAAGGAGGAGCUUUUAAAAGAAGUGAAAAUGAGGCAUGAGGAAGGAAAAGAGGAAGAGGAGGGGACUGCAACCAAGAAAGAAGAUCCUGAAGUAGACCUGGAGGAGACUAAGGGAGAAAACCCUUUGGAAAAGUACAUGAAGAUGGUGCUGGAGGCCCGGGAGAAGCAGCAUGCAAAAAGCCCUGAAAGAGAAGAAAUGGGACAUACAAGCCCAGAAGACAAGACUAUGUCCGAUGAAAAAGAAGACAGCAUUGCUGCAUAUUCGCACAAGUAUGAAGAUGGUGAUGAUGAUUUCUGGUGAAGUGGAUGACAGAGACUGUGAUUAUGUGCUGAAGGAUCACACACCCCGCAGCCGCCUAGAACUGUUUAAAUUUUCUGUUUCACCAUGUUUUUAUUUUAUAUUUAAACUUUUGUAAAUCAGCGGCACCUCUGAAUAAAAUUAAUUUUAAUUUA